UGUAUUUGAAGGUAAGAAAAUUAAUUAUUUAUUAAAAUGACAUCUUCUUCUUCGUCGUCUUCUUCAAGCUGGAGUUCAAAGCAAAACAAGGUGUUCGAAAAUGCUCUGACGGUGUACGACAAGGACUCGCCGGACCGGUGGCAGAAGCUGGCAAGUUCCGUCGGAGGGAAGACGGCGGAGGAAGUGAAGAGGCACUACGAGAUGCUGGUGGAGGACGUCCACAAUAUUGAGACCGGCAGAGUUCCUUUGCCCAAUUACUCCACACCUUCAAAACAAUAACAAAUAAGAAAGGCAAUUUCGCUCUGAAUUAAUCAUUUUUAUUUGAUUCUUCAUUUUUUUAGUCUAAAAUUUGAAAUAACUCGGUGUAGUUAUUUAAAAAGGUGCAUUUUUAGUAGUUUAAAUUUUUUAAUCACACCCACAAAAUGUACCGUAUAACGUUAGCUUAGUAUGUUGUUUGGAUAUAUAUGAUUAUACACGAGGUAGAUGAGAGAUGAAAUAUAUGGUAUUAUUAUAGAGUUAAUAUUAAGCCAGUAAAAAAAUAUGUCACUA